AUGAGCUGGUCAAGACUGGGAAACUCAAAAUCUAAUGGGGGACUUGGCUACAGAGAUAUGGAAGUAUUUAAUCUUGCACUCCUUGCUAAACAAGGUUGGAGGCUCAUUCAAGACCCAAAUUCCUUGCUGGGAACAAUUUUAAGAGACAAGUAUUAUUCGGGGAAGACUUUCCAGCUAGCUGCAUUGGGUCACAAUCCAUCUUUUGCCUGGCGCAGUAUCCUGAAGGCCCGUCCGACACUUGAAAACGGCCUGAUCAGCAAACGUGAUGGUGGAAGAACAAUGUGCUUGGAGAAUUUUGAUCCAGUAGAGGCAGAAAGAAUCAGCAAUCUUGUUCCAAAUCCUUUGCUACAAGAGGACCGUCUGAUUUGGAGGGGUACAAAGCACGGCCAUUUCUCUUUGCGCAGUGCCUACUUCCUAGAGGUAGAAAGGACACGGCAGGACAAAGGAGAGAGUUCUCAUCAUCAGGGUAUCCAAUGGUUUUGGAAGUACAUUUGGAGUUUUUCGAUACCUCCGGUAGUGAAAAAUUUUGUGUGGAAAGUGUGCAACGCUAUCCUUCUAAUAAAGGAGAGCUCCCGAAAGGUACAGAAGUUGUCCCUAGAGGCCGAGGAUAGUUUGGGCUUCAUCAAAGAAUUAAAAGAUAAAUUGGAGGAGCAGUAUUUUGGAGAGGUGCUAAUAACUAUGAGAUUCAUUUGGCUCCGAAGGAACUCCUAUGUCUUUGGUAGCAGCUUGGAGACCCUGGGCCAGGUGAUUCAAAAAGUAAAAGGGGUGAUGGCGGAUUUGGAGGAUGAAUCUCAAGGAGAAUGGUCCGAAGUUUCGAUGACUUCUGCUCCUUCCACUCCGCGAUGGGUUCGGCCACCAGUGGGGAUGUUGAAAGUGAAUUGGGAUGCAGCUCUCUAUAUAGCAACGAAACGGUUAGGGGUUGGAGUGGUGGUGGCAGCUAUGACUAUGUGUAUUCCAUCUCGGACGGAUCCUGCAACUACGGAAGCUUUGGCGGUGUGGGAAGCAGUUAGAUUCUAUGAUUCUCAAGGGUGGCAGCGGGUACUUUUUGAAGGGGAUGCACAGUCCAUAGUGAUGGCUUUACGCAAGAGGGGGCAGUGUUAG